UCAAAGUACAAGUAGCAAAGAGACCGGCCCUUCGAACAUGUCAUACCGCUCUGAUCCCAGGGAGUCCUGUCCAUCGGCCACGUCAUACCGCUCUGAUCCCAGGGAGUCCUGUCCAUCAGCCACGUCGAAAGGCUCUGAUCCCAGGGAGUCCUGUCCAUCGACCACGUCGUACGGCUCUGAUCCCAGGGAGUCCUGUCCAUCGACCACGUCGUACGGCUCUGAUCCCAGGGAGUCCUGUCCAUCGGCCAUGUCUUACUGCUCUGACCUCAAGGAUUCCCACACCUAUUCAGGUCUUUCACGGAGCAGAAUAUGCCCUCCACAUUCAGAUUCUGGAAUAUCGUUCCGGUUUCCAACAGAUUCUUAUAAAUAUCUUCUAUGGAACAAUAUAGAAGACCAUGACAUUCAAGGAAGUCAGCUACAUUGCCCAAGAGUAAGAAAAGGGCCCUCUGAAGAAUGGUUACUCUCCAGACAAGUGGGGUGCGCCAUGACUCCAAAGAAAAGAGUCCUUGAGAAAAACAGAUGGGAAAUGUGGUUGCAAGAAAACUGGGAGGAUUGCGAGAAACUGAACAUUUCAUUUCAGGAUUUGGGGGACCCUUUUCAACUUGAAAACUUUCACAGGAUUCUUAGAAGGCUGAUUCGAGUGGAAACCCUAUGGUUGGUGGAUAAUUCACUGGUUAAUCUAAACACCAUAAGAUUGCCAAGGUGCAGAGUUUUAAAUAUGAGCAAAAACUAUAUCACAUCUUUCAAGCAACUACCAAAGAUUCCUCAAAUACAACAUUUAUCACUGGCCGACAACCACAUCGAGACACUAGCUGGCCUCUCCAGUUUACGGUACACACCACUGGAAUCCCUCAUCCUGAGGAGGAACCCCUGUGAAUUUCACCGAAACUACAGGAAACAGUAA